AGCAAACAAUGCUAAUCUAGUAGUUUUUCAAAAAUUCAUACUUGGUCUCUUGAAUUAGAUCUGUGCAAAAGUUAACGUAGCAAAGACUCGUUUAAUUAAUUCAAGCUUCAACUACGGAUUUCUUAAGCAUUUUUGGAAUUUCAGCAUAAGUUUAAAGAUGCCGAUUUUUUGCGAGUCAUGCAUCGCUUGGAAUUAAAGCGAGUCGCGAAAUUCUUUCGGAGAAGUUCGGCUGUGGACGAAAAAACUCCUCUGACACGAAAGACGAACACGGUUACAGAUAACGGAACCAUUGCAAAAGAUCUGAAGAUGAAUAAAUUGCCAGACGGUACUGCGAAUUCCUACGAAAAUUUUCCGGAUGGUGCAAACUGUGAAAAGGAGUCUGAGAAUUCCAACCAAAUGAGCAUUUUGAGAAAAAUUUGUUUUUUCCUGUCUCUCAACGUUGGAGUUCUAUAUGUGGUAGUUUUGGCUUGGAUUUUACCAUGCAGAGAAUCGAUAUGCUUCUCUGCACAGAAAGACUGGGAACUGAAUUUGACAAACGCUUUACUGACCACAGAUUUGAAAAUAAUACGAGAAGCUAAUGUCCCAUCAAUGGUUAUCUUCGGCUUUGCUGACGACACUGGUGGCAACAUAAUCGAAAUAACGAUGUCAAAUGGAGAAAUAAGUUGGAACAGGAGUCUAGAAUUCAUUCCUCGUCAAGUGUUUUGCAAUUAUGACAAAACAAGCAGAAACGGCGGAGACUCUAGUCCAGACUGCAUAGUAACCGGUUACAACAUUAUGAUAGCAUUCAGUGCCUUGAAUGGUUCAACGAUAUGGCAACAUAACUUGUCUUUACAAGACGGAGAAUUCAUUUAUGACGUCUUCCAGAAGAAUGAUGCAUACCUACUCACUUUAAGUGAUCAAUAUAUUUCAAUUUUUGACGUUUAUAAUGGUUCCCAAAUAUCUGCAACUGUGAUCCCUUGCAUCUUCCCAAAUGAUGUAAGACUUUCACCUCCUUUGUCUGGAGAUAACUCUUCGCAGUGGAUCCUGAUAUGCGCAUACGGGGAUAGAAUCGAAGUCUGGACUUUCGAAGAGCAAGAAUUGCUGAACUUCGGAGGAAGUGGCGGUUGGACGGAAGAAGUUAAAUUUAGCCUUUUGUUCAGCCAAGAGAGCUCCAGUGGGUCGAUGGAUCUUGCCUGUGACGUCACGAUGACUCCCGAUUACCUCGCUCUCUCGUGGGCCAAUAUUGUUGUCAUGGUAACGCUCCAAGCACCUUUUCACCAGCUUCGCAAGUCGUGGGAGCGGCGGUUCUUGGACCCAUACGGAUACCAUCCCUCUGUCACGUGCAUAGUCAACGGUUCGUUUACUGAUGCCAGUAACAAUGAAAUUGCAGCUGCUGUCCAACAAGGUUCGAAUGUGACGAUUCACAUUCUUGACUGUUUGAAUGGUUCAUCCAUUGUAUCUACUGGAUUAGGAACAGGACGUGUACUGUCUAUGAAGGCACUGAAGAAAGUAAAGGAUCAGACGGAUGCUCUUUUAGUGGAAAUGGAUUUUCCAGAGAGUUCUAAUGCGUCAGACGCACAAACGUCUAGAACUUACCAUCUAGUACAAUAUGAGGGCCAUGAUGCUAGCGUUCGAAUUUUGGUAACAUCGGGAGCAGUGUUCUAUUCAGUGAUUAAUACAUCUGCCGAAGGAGUGGCUGAUUUGUUACUGGUGAGUAGGACGGAAAAUGGAGAUACAAUCUUGAAGAGGCAUUUUAUCAAUCGUGAAGACAUUUUGUGUCAUGUAAAGGAACUGUCAAGCAUUACCGUGUUUUUAUAACAUUUCAUGAAUAUUUUUAGUAACAGCUAUUGUUUCUGUAUAUAUAGCCUAAAAGGAGUACUUUGCAUCUUAUUUCUUUCAAACCAGAAAGAAAAAGAGUUCCAUCUUGCUGUUCACGCGGAAUAACUAUGUAUAUCCAGCAUAUCAUGCGAGUCUUUCAGAUUUCCAUUAUGAGACCAUUUGGUUAAUAAAUAUUCGCAUAGGAUCAUAUACAAAAUUUAAGCAUUAACCUUUCUUGAAACUUGUUAAGCUAAAUAUUGUAUUUUUUAAAAUGAAUUGAUCAUUUGACUUUUCUAACUUUCUGCUUCACUGACAAUCAACAAAUACAAUCGACUCUUAGCAAAUCUUAGAAGUAUAGAAACAACUACAACAAAGUUUGCCUAUUGUAAAUAUUUUGAACAAUUUACACACAUUUUUCAUAACAGGCAAACAGAACUGCAUUCUAAGAAAUGGAUGAGAAAUAACUCAUGCAUUCCAUAACUAUUUCAAAUUAUACAAUUAUUAUAAUAUUUUAAGAAUAUUGUAAAUAGAAAAGGCGUUUUAGUCCCUGAAUAUUAUGAACUAUUUUGAUAUAGUUGCUUGUUAUUUUAAUAUUGUUUUAUAUGAAUUAAUAAAGUUAUAGUUUCUGUGUUGGAA